CAACAUGACAUUCCUGGGACAGAAAAUGGGCGGUCAGUCCUUCUUCAGCCGCAAAGACUCCAUCCGCACCAUCUACACCUCUCUAUACAAUGAGCUGAGGAAGGUGGUGUCGAUGGGGCGUCACAGCCAGCCGGGCUCCGCCUCCUACCUGGAGGACCUGCUGUCCCACCUGUCCGAGCAGCUCUGUCAUUUCACGCAGGCUCGCAUGGAGAUGGCCGACCUGUAUGAGAAGAUGCACUCGCUGGGCAGCCAGAAGAGCAUCAACUCGGAGGAGCUGGUCACCACGCUGGAGGCCGUCCUGCACAAGUACAGCACCAAGUUCCACCAUCCGAUCCUGGGCCGUGUGGAGGAGGGCUUCCAGACGGAGGUAGACGUGGUGACCCAGCUGCUGCGCUGCCAGGCUCAGAUCUCAGAGUGGCAUUUCCUUCCCGCCCUGCUCAGCCUACACGGUGCCAACUCCAAACUCACUGCCUGGGGUCAGCUGUUCCAGCGGCAGAAGGAAACCCGUAAGAAUCUCUUUGGAGGUCAGUCCCAGAGGGCCGUGCAGCCUCCGCACCUCUACACAUGGCUGCAGCGCUUCCAGGCGGCGCUUCUUGCCAAGUUUAGCUUCUACUUCCAUGAAGCCUUGAGCCGGCAGACGGCGCCGGCUGAUAUGAGAGCUCUGACCGCCCGCACCACGCCCGACUACCACGGGAAGAUCUGCUCCUUCAUCCGCAAACAUGACGCCAGCAAUGUGUCGCUGGUGUUCGACAACCGCGGGCUGGAAAGCUUCCAGGGGCACGGCUACCACCACCCGCACUCCUACAGAGAGGCACCCAAGGGCGUGGAGCAGUUCCCCGCCGUGGUGUCGCUGCCUUUAGGCGAGCGCCCGCUCACCCACUGGCCGAAUGUCAUCAUGAUGAUGGGAGACCGAGCUGCAGAGCUGAACACUCUGGACAAGGUGGUGCACUUCUACGACGAUAAAGUCCAGAGCACGUACUACCUGACCAGACCUGAGCCGCACUUCACUCUGGUGGUGAUCUUUGACGGCAGGAAGUCCGAGAAGGAUCUGCCCAUCGCCGCAUUCCUGCAGGAGAUCUCCAGCUCCCUAAGGAACUCUAAACCCUUUAGCACCCUCAAACCGGGCUCAAAGGGCUGAGGCACAAAAACCCGCUGCUCUGACGGUCAAAGAUGAUGAUUCUUGGAUUAUUUCUUCUUGCAGUUCUAUAAUUCUACUGUGAUUUCUUUCUGUGGACCAACCUUGUGUUGCUUUGAAUCUUAAUUUGCCAAAAAUGUUCCAGACCAAAGAUGCACACAGUUUAAUUUCCUCUGAGCCUUCAGCCAUCAGUCGACUGAAAGAAUGCUGCUAACAAAAUUUAAGCCUUGUGUUUAUUUAAAUUUCAAGAUGAUUUUAAUUAUUUUGCAUCAGUUAAAGUUUUAACAUUUGUUUCCUUUUUAUUUUUAAUCAGUAGCUUCUAUUACUGUGAUUUAAAUAAAGCUUUGAGAUGAUAAUA